GCUCCGAGAUUACAUAUAUAUCGACAUAUAUAGAGAGAACGGGCCGGGCCGUAAGAUAAGAGAGAGAUUCGUGGGAGCAAUGAAACAUUGGAGUCCGUUACUGUUCUCGAUCUUGAUUCUUUCCGACAUUUUCAUAUGCAGAAAUCUAGCGGACAGUGUUACUCGCGAGGAAGCGAAGCAGCUCAGAGAUGAGGUGCGCGAAAUGUUCUAUCACGCUUUCCAUGGCUACAUGGAACAUGCUUUUCCACUUGAUGAGUUGAAACCUCUGUCAUGUGAAGGAGAAGACACACUUGGUGGCUAUGCUUUAACUUUGAUUGACUCCUUAGACAUGCUGGCUUUGCUUGGGGACCGAGAACGCUUCACCGAGUCUGUUGAAUGGAUUGGUAAAAAUCUUCGGUUUGAUAUAAAUAAGACUGUAUCUGUAUUUGAGACUACAAUCCGGAUCCUUGGAGGUUUACUUUCUGCUCAUCUUAUUGCAAGUGAUUAUUCAACGGGAAUGAAAAUUCCUUCCUAUGACGAUGAAUUGCUCCAUCUGUCUGAAGACCUUGCCCGUAGAUUACUACCUGCCUUUGACACUCCUACUGGAAUUCCUUUUGGAUCUGUAAAUUUAUUGCAUGGAGUUGAUGAAAAUGAAAGCAAGGUAACAUCAACAGCUGGUGGUGGAACUUUGACUUUAGAAUUUGGGGUGCUCAGCCGCUUAACAAAUAAUCCGAUUUAUGAGCAAGUUACAAAGAAUGCGGUACGCGGAUUAUGGGCACGCCGUUCAAAAAUCAACCUAGUUGGUGCCCAUAUUGAUGUUUUUACAGGUGAAUGGACACAGAAGGAUGCUGGGAUAGGUACCAGUAUUGACUCUUUCUAUGAAUAUCUCCUGAAGGCUUUCUUAUUAUUUGGAGAUGAAGAGUGUCUUUUCAUUUUUCAAGAAGCUUAUGAGGCUGCUAUGCGCUAUCUUUAUACUGAUCCUUGGUAUGUGGAGGUAAAUAUGAACUCUGCUGCCCUUGUUUGGCCAUUAUUUAACAGUUUGCAGGCAUUUUGGCCUGGCCUUCAGGUUUUAGCUGGGGACAUUGAUCCUGCAAUUCGAACGCAUGCUGCUUUUUUUAGCGUCUGGAAAAGAUACGGCUUUACUCCGGAGGGUUUUAAUCUUGCCACACUUAGCGUUCAGCAUGGUCAAAAAAGCUACCCUCUGCGUCCAGAGCUAAUAGAGAGCACAUAUUGGCUCUACAAAGCUACCAGAGAUCCCAGAUAUCUUGAUGCUGGAAGGGACAUGGUUGCCAGCUUGCAAUAUGGAGCCCGAUGCACGUGCGGAUAUUGUCAUAUUUCAGAUGUAGAGCUUCACAAGCAGGAAGAUCAUAUGGAGAGCUUUUUUCUUGCUGAGACGGUCAAAUAUUUGUGGCUUCUUUUUGAUUUAGCUGCCGGUCCAGAUAACCUUGUUGAGAAUGGACCAUACAAAUACCUCUUCAGCACUGAAGGGCAUUUAUUGCCUGCAACUCCACAAAUAUCUUUAGUCCAUGAACAUUGUUCUUAUUUUGGGGCAUACUGUAUCAGUAACCACUCAAGACAGAAAUCCUACACCUCCGACAUCUCAAUGGAUUCUCAUGAAACAAACAGUACUAGAUUAUGUAGGGGCCCAGUUUCCUCCAGUUUUGUAUUGGACUCGAGUUCUCAGAAGUCCACUUCUGUUUCAGGUUUGAUCAAGGGGGUCUGCCCAGGCCUAACUCAUGGGCAAAAGUUUGGGAUAUCAUAUGUGGCUUCACCGACUGAUAUCGAUGCAUCUUCAAAUGAAAGCGAGACUGCAGUUGUUCAAAACCAUCCAGUGGUCGUUGUUACUAGUCCCGCACCUCAAUAUCAAAAAGAAGUCCAGAAUGACAGCGAUACUAAUGACAAGGAACCGAGAGAGGCAGGCUCAAGAGAGUCCCCCACCUCGAAAUCAGUUGAGGGGUUGGCUGUUGAUCAAACUUUUGAAAGAUGAACGACUGACACAAAGCUCCACACCCCUCUCUGAGCUAUUUACUUCCUAUUCAUUUCUUCCGUUAAAGAAGGCGGUGCAUACUGAACAAUGAUGGCAUGAGAUGGUGUUUUCUUAAGGUUUGGGGUUUUACGGUAAACCCGGAAGCAAUUAGGUCCUCCACCAUAGGGCACUUGGGAUUCUUGAUCAAAGGUUGAAGCAAUUCAUCACGGUGAAGCCCUGAUCUCCAGCACCGAUCAAUAGGAAUAGCAAACCGGUCUUGCAUGAUAUGUUGAGUUAUUGUUAUGCCACCUUGAAGGUGGAGGCGAGCAUUUUAGCAUUAAUUGGCUCUGGGGCUGUAACUUUAGACAAUAGAAGGUUGAUGAAUUAUGGGUCUUUGAUAUAUGUAUGCUAGCGAAUAGGGAAGGAUCCUCGGCUGACAGAAUGAUUGGUUUUACUUGGUACUUCACUGGACCACAGUUCAAUAGAUCAUAGAAGAAUGGCAGGAACAAUGUGGGAUAAGCAGAUGCAUGUAGAAUUUCAGGUGGGAAGAAGUUUGACUAAUGCCAUGGGGACAAUUCUAGUGCCCAAUCACAUUUGCUUGAAAGGAUCAUGAAAGAGGCGAUCAAGGCUUAAAAUGUGUGUUUUCGCUGUCCAACCCAACCCACUCAUGAUUUCAACCCAUGAUUUUCAGCGCUGGUCGGGGUGGGUUGGUUUGGUUGGUUGGCAAUUUUUUUGCAUUUUACAUUUUGGAUUCUGAAUUUUAUUAUGAUCAUAAUGGAUUUUGAAUUUGGUGUUGUGUUUGAGAGAUAUAAGCUAAAUUGAUUUUGCAACAGAUCGAUUAGUAGCUGGAAGGAUAAUGUGAAAAAUAGAUUGAGUUGUUA